CCGUGACGUACUAAGGGCUGGGUAUAGUAUAUAAGCAGGGUUCGGAGCCUUCAGUCUAUUGUCUCAUUUAUCCGAGUGCAGAGGACCCUGUUCGACUGAUAAAGGAAGAGGUAUUCACCAUGGGAGACAGGCCAGAUCUUGGUGAGAUUGAUAGGUUUGAUAAAACCAAACUGAAGAAAACAGAGACUCAAGAAAAGAAUACAUUACCAACAAAAGAAACAAUUGAACAAGAAAAAAAGAAUUAAAGUCCAGCACACAUGAAAAAUAUGUUAAUUUAAUGUUUGUGAUCUGACUCUUGGAUCAAUAUACACUGUGAAACAACAAGAUCAGCCACAGCAUUGGACCUUAGAAUGCCAAAAACCAAGGGAAUAAUGUGUUAACUUGUCUUCCCUCUUGUUAUGUAUUUGAUUAAAGAAAUUGUGCAAUAAACAAAAGGAUUUGAAUUUUUCUUUA